GGAGAGGGAGGAAACUGGGAGCCGCGGGGACAGUGGGGGAAACCCACAAGCAUUGAGCCUGAGAGGAGGCUGCGUGAGAGCAGAAACUUCAGACGCUGCUGAUCUCGGCAGAGAUCGGGCGAGCCUCGGCGGCAGUCGCUUCCACCCGCAGCAGCAUCCUCCUGGCCCCUCUCUACCACCCCUGGGGGGGGGGGGUGGUCCAAGAGCUGCCUAUCUGCAGCUUCCAAGAGCCAGGGGUGUGAGCAGCCACCCCCCAGGAAGUUUGGGCUCCAGCAGAGUUUGGGGUGCCGUGAGCGCGCACCCCAAUAGAAGGACCAGGGGCGAUGUUGGGCGCUGCACGGAGCUGGGGACGCCCGGAAGGCGUGCGUGUGUCCGUGGUCCUGUUGCUGUCCCAAGUGCCCUCCUCAUCCCCCAAGUGAUGGGAACAAGGGCCCGCCCAGGCAGUCGCUGUCGCCGUACCGCCCCCUCGCUCGCCUCCUGCGCUCGGAGUCACCCAGGCACACCCCCGGCACCCCGAGCCGGUGCUCCGGAGCUGCAGCCGCUAUCUUGACUGCCAUCGCCGCCUGCGCGGGUGGCCAGCUGCUGGCUUGGCUCGCCUGUACACGGAGAAACACUUUUUGGCUCUCCUUAAUCCGGUCUCACACCCCAACUUUGCCGCCCCGCGCCUGCCCUCUCAGCGGCGCUCGGGCACACGUUGUGGGGGCGCACGCAGGGAGGCUCAGUAAGACGGUGGAGGCAGGAAACGGCACAACUGAUCCUCUGCUUCGGCUCUUUGUUGUUCGGUUUGGAUGGUCCUUGGAAGUGGCUGAGCCUCUUCGGAAACCCGGGGGCCGGAGAAGACAAGCCUAGGAAUUCUUCCUUUGCAGAGGGCUCUUGAGAUAUUGACAAUCGUCUGGAAGGGUCGACAAGUAAUUGCCCAGAAAACUCCUGGCGGAUUGACCCACGUUGCUUAUAUUAAGCCUUUGUGUAGGUUUGUGUGGUUGUGUGGCUUCAUAAAUUUGGGAACCCCAUUUCUACUCCAUUCUCUUGGCAUGAGAUUGUAUGCAGGAUCCACCCGAGGACAAUGAUCGCGGAGCCUGCUCACUUUUACCUCUUUGGAUUAAUAUGUCUCUGUUCAGGCUCCCGUCUUCGACAGGAAGAUUUUCCACCUCGCAUUGUUGAACACCCUUCUGACCUAAUUGUCUCAAAAGGAGAACCUGCAACUCUGAACUGUAAAGCUGAAGGCCGCCCCACACCCACUAUUGAAUGGUACAAAGGCGGGGAGAGAGUGGAAACAGACAAAGAUGACCCUCGCUCACACCGAAUGUUGCUGCCAAGUGGAUCUUUAUUUUUCUUACGUAUAGUACAUGGACGAAAAAGUAGGCCUGAUGAAGGGGUCUACGUGUGUGUGGCAAGGAAUUACCUUGGAGAGGCUGUGAGCCACAAUGCAUCGCUGGAGGUGGCUAUACUACGGGAUGACUUCAGACAAAACCCCUCCGAUGUUAUGGUGGCAGUAGGGGAGCCUGCUGUCAUGGAAUGCCAGCCUCCACGAGGCCAUCCGGAGCCCACCAUCUCCUGGAAGAAGGAUGGCUCUCCACUGGAUGACAAAGAUGAAAGAAUAACUAUACGAGGAGGAAAGCUAAUGAUUACUUACACCCGUAAAAGUGAUGCUGGCAAAUACGUUUGUGUUGGGACCAAUAUGGUCGGGGAACGUGAGAGUGAAGUAGCAGAGCUCACUGUUUUAGAGAGACCAUCCUUUGUGAAGAGACCUAGUAACUUGGCAGUGACUGUGGAUGACAGUGCAGAAUUUAAGUGUGAGGCCCGAGGAGACCCUGUGCCUACAGUCCGGUGGAGGAAAGAUGAUGGAGAGUUGCCCAAAUCCAGAUAUGAAAUCCGAGAUGAUCAUACCUUGAAAAUUCGGAAGGUGAUGGCUGGUGACAUGGGAUCAUAUACUUGUGUUGCAGAAAAUAUGGUUGGAAAAGCUGAAGCAUCAGCCACUCUGACUGUUCAAGAACCUCCACAUUUUGUUGUGAAACCUCGUGACCAGGUUGUUGCCUUAGGAAGAACUGUGACUUUUCAGUGUGAAGCAACAGGAAACCCUCAACCAGCUAUUUUUUGGAGGAGAGAAGGGAGUCAGAAUCUGCUUUUCUCAUACCAGCCACCACAAUCAUCCAGCCGGUUUUCUGUCUCUCAGACUGGUGACCUCACUAUUACUAAUGUUCAGAGAUCUGAUGUUGGUUAUUAUAUCUGCCAGACUUUGAAUGUUGCUGGAAGUAUCAUCACGAAAGCAUAUUUGGAAGUUACUGAUGUGAUUGCAGACCGGCCUCCCCCAGUCAUUCGACAAGGUCCUGUGAAUCAGACCGUAGCUGUGGAUGGUACUUUAGUCCUCAGCUGUGUGGCCACAGGCAGUCCAGUGCCCACAAUUCUGUGGAGAAAGGAUGGAAUCCUUGUUUCAACCCAAGAUUCCCGAAUCAAACAGCUGGAGACAGGAGUGUUGCAGAUCCGAUAUGCAAAGCUGGGUGACACUGGUCGGUACACCUGCAUCGCAUCGACCCCCAGUGGUGAGGCCACGUGGAGUGCUUACAUUGAAGUCCAAGAAUUUGGAGUUCCAGUUCAACCUCCGAGACCUACUGACCCAAAUUUAAUCCCUAGUGCCCCUUCAAAACCCGAAGUCACAGAUGUCAGCAGAAACACAGUCACUUUAUCAUGGCAACCAAAUUUGAAUUCAGGAGCAACUCCAACAUCUUAUAUUAUAGAAGCCUUCAGCCAUGCAUCUGGUAGCAGCUGGCAGACCGUAGCAGAGAAUGUGAAAACAGAAACAUUUGCCAUUAAAGGACUCAAACCUAAUGCAAUUUACCUUUUCCUUGUGAGGGCAGCUAACGCUUAUGGAAUUAGUGAUCCAAGCCAAAUAUCAGACCCGGUGAAAACACAAGAUGUUCCACCGACGAGUCAGGGGGUGGACCACAAGCAGGUCCAGAGAGAACUGGGAAACGUCGUCCUACACCUCCACAAUCCCACCAUCCUUUCUUCCUCAUCAAUUGAAGUGCACUGGACAGUGGACCAACAGUCUCAGUAUAUUCAAGGAUAUAAAAUUCUCUAUCGACCAUCUGGAGCCAACCAUGGUGAAUCGGAGUGGUUAGUUUUUGAAGUGAGAACUCCAACCAAAAAUAGUGUGGUUAUCCCUGAUCUCAGAAAGGGAGUCAACUAUGAAAUUAAGGCUCGCCCUUUUUUUAAUGAAUUUCAAGGAGCAGAUAGCGAAAUCAAGUUUGCCAAAACCUUAGAAGAAGCACCAAGUGCCCCACCCCAAAGUGUAACUGUAUCAAAGAAUGAUGGAAAUGGAACAGCAAUUCUUGUCAGCUGGCAGCCACCUCCAGAAGACACUCAAAAUGGAAUGGUUCAAGAAUAUAAGGUUUGGUGUCUGGGCAAUGAAACCCGAUACCAUAUAAACAAGACAGUAGAUGGUUCUACCUUUUCUGUGGUUAUUCCCUCCCUGGUUCCCGGGAUCCGAUACAGUGUGGAAGUGGCAGCCAGCACUGGCGCUGGACCUGGGGUGAAAAGUGAGCCUCAAUUCAUCCAGUUAGAUUCUCGUGGAAACCCCGUGUCACCUGAAGACCAGGUCAGCCUUGCUCAGCAGAUUUCAGACGUGGUGAAGCAGCCAGCGUUCAUCGCAGGAAUCGGAGCAGCCUGCUGGAUCAUCCUCAUGGUCUUCAGCAUCUGGCUCUACCGACACAGGAAGAAGAGGAACGGACUUACUAGUACUUAUGCGGGUAUCAGGAAAGUCCCGUCCUUUACCUUCACGCCAACAGUAACUUAUCAGAGAGGAGGCGAAGCUGUGAGCAGUGGAGGGAGGCCAGGACUUCUCAAUAUCAGUGAACCUGCUGCACAGCCGUGGCUGGCAGACACGUGGCCUAAUACUGGCAACAGCCACAAUGACUGCUCCAUCAACUGCUGCACCGCAGGCAAUGGGAACAGCGACAGCAACCUGACCACCUACAGCCGCCCAGCUGAUUGUAUAGCAAAUUAUAACAACCAACUGGAUAACAAACAAACAAAUCUGAUGCUCCCUGAGUCAACUGUUUAUGGUGAUGUGGAUCUUAGUAACAAAAUCAAUGAGAUGAAAACCUUCAAUAGCCCAAAUCUGAAGGACGGGCGUUUUGUCAAUCCAUCAGGGCAGCCCACUCCUUAUGCCACCACCCAGCUCAUCCAGUCCAACCUCACCAAUAACAUGAACAAUGGCAGCGGGGACUCCAGCGAGAAGCACUGGAAACCACCCGGUCAGCAGAAACAAGAAGUGGCACCAAUUCAGUAUAACAUCAUGGAGCAAAACAAACUGAACAAAGAUUAUCGAGCAAAUGACACAGUUCCUCCAACAAUUCCAUACAAUCAAUCAUAUGACCAGAAUACGGGAGGAUCCUACAACAGUUCGGAUCGGGGCAGUAGUACAUCUGGAAGUCAAGGGCACAAGAAAGGGGCACGGACACCCAAGGUUCCCAAACAGGGUGGCAUGAACUGGGCAGACCUGCUUCCUCCUCCCCCGGCACAUCCUCCUCCCCAUGGCAACAGUGAAGAGUACAGUAUUUCUGUAGAUGAAAGCUAUGAUCAAGAAAUGUCAUGUCCUGUACCACCAGCACGGAUGUAUUUGCAGCAGGAUGAAUUAGAAGAGGAGGAAGAUGAAAGAGGCCCCACACCUCCUGUGCGGGGAGCAGCUUCUUCUCCAGCUGCCGUGUCCUAUAGCCAUCAGUCAACUGCCACUCUGACCCCGUCCCCACAGGAAGAACUCCAGCCCAUGUUGCAGGAUUGCCCAGAGGAGAUUGGCCAUAUGCAGCACCCACCUGACAGGCGAAGGCAGCCAGCGAGUCCUCCUCCGCCUCCGCGGCCGAUUUCUCCCCCGCACACCUAUGGCUACAUUUCAGGACCCCUGGUCUCAGAUAUGGAUACGGAUGCGCCAGAAGAGGAAGAAGAUGAAGCCGACAUGGAAGUUGCCAAAAUGCAAACUAGAAGGCUUUUAUUACGUGGGCUUGAGCAGACCCCUGCCUCAAGUGUUGGGGACCUGGAGAGCUCUGUCACUGGGUCCAUGAUCAACGGCUGGGGUUCAGCCUCAGAGGAGGACAACAUCUCCAGUGGGCGUUCCAGUGUUAGUUCUUCCGAUGGCUCCUUUUUCACUGAUGCUGAUUUUGCCCAGGCAGUGGCAGCGGCCGCAGAGUAUGCUGGUCUGAAAGUGGCGCGAAGGCAGAUGCAGGAUGCUGGUGGUCGCCGACAUUUUCAUGCAUCUCAGUGCCCGAGGCCCACAAGUCCUGUGUCUACAGACAGCAACAUGAGUGCUGCGGUCAUGCAGAAAGCCAGACCAGCCAAGAAACAAAAACACCAGCCAGGACAUCUGCGCAGAGAAGCCUACACAGAUGAUCUUCCACCUCCCCCGGUGCCACCACCUGCUAUAAAAUCACCUACUGUCCAAUCCAAGGCACAGCUGGAGGUACGACCUGUAAUGGUGCCAAAACUCCCUUCUGCAGAAACCAGAACAGACAGAUCGUCAGAUCGAAAAGGAGGCAGUUACAAGGGGAGAGAAGUAUUGGACGGAAGGCAGGUUGCUGACCUGCGAACAAACCCGGGUGAUCCCAGAGAAGCACAGGAACAGCAAAAUGAUGGGAAAGGACGAGGAAACAAGGCAGCAAAGCGAGACCUUCCACCAGCAAAGACUCAUCUCAUCCAAGAGGAUAUUCUACCUUACUGUAGACCUACUUUUCCAACAUCGAAUAAUCCCAGAGAUCCCAGUUCCUCAAGCUCAAUGUCAUCAAGAGGAUCAGGAAGCAGACAAAGAGAACAAGCAAAUGUAGGUCGAAGAAAUAUUGCAGAAAUGCAAGUACUUGGAGGAUAUGAAAGAGGAGAAGAUAAUAAUGAAGAAUUAGAGGAAACUGAAAGCUGAAGACAACCAGAGAGGCUUGUGCGAUCUAAUGUGAAAAUUAUCAGUCAAGAUGCCUCAUGUCUGAUGACACAUGACGCCAGAUAAAAUGUUCAGUGCAAUCAGAAUGUACAAAUUGUCGUUUUUAUUCCUUGUAUUGGGGUACCAUUUAAAAAAAAAAGUUAUUGGGUUUUUAUUGUUGCUCUUUGAUCCCUAACCCUAGGAAGAACCUUUCUCUUCCCCUCGCUGUUGGAACCAUUUCUCUUGACUUCCAGCAAGAAAAGUGUAUCAACUUCUUGCUUCAGUCAUCAGCCUCAAGAAAGAACCAAACAGUUCUUUUGCAUUUUGCCCCUGAGAUAUGGCAUUGCACUGCUUAUAUACCAAGCUAACUUAUAGCAAAAUAUUGAUUGAAGAUACAAACUUGAUUUAUCAACCUCAUGCCAAGGGCUCUCAAAGUAUAAUCUUUCUAUAACCGACUGCUAAUGCAAAUCAAAGCAUAUUUCAUUUUAACAUGAUUUUAAAAUCAGUCUUUCAUACCACCCUUUGUGGGGAGAAACUAAAAAUAUAGCAAAUGCAGAACAACAAACAAUUCGAACGGGGUAAAAACAUUGUAAAUAUAUACUCUUUGCAACCCCUGGUGGUACUUUAUUUUGUCUUCAUUUCAACCAUGGAAGUAUAUUCUUAUUGGAAAUGUACUUUUUGAUAAGGAGGGCUAAGCCAGUUGCAUCUCUGGUUGUCUAGUCAUUGUCAUAAGGAUGCCUAGCAAAAAAACCUUGUUCUAUUUUUCAAUCAAGAAGCAAUUAUAAAUGCACAUUACAAACAAAUGGAUGCCUUUAAUGACCAAUCGAGUAAAGACAUCCUAUCUUAACUGGCCUAAAUUUCUUCUGGUAGUGUCAGUUCAGCUUUCAGAAGUGCCACUUAAGGAAGUUUAUUUGAUUUUUGUUUUUGUAAUGCACUGUUUUUAAUCUUUUUUUUUUUUUUUGGUUUUAAAAGCACAAUCACUAAACUUUAUUUGUAAACCAUUGUAACUAUUAACCUUUUUUGUCUUAUUGAAAAAAAAAAUGUUGAGAAGCGUUUUUAACCUGUUUUGUUAAUGCUCUAUGUUUGUAUUUGGAAUAUUUGAAUGAUAAGAGAUGGUGGAGUCACGUGCAUACUUUAUCGUGGGCCAUGAACUAGAGGGUUCUUACUUUUCCUAGAUUUAAAGAAAAAAAAUGGUUUAAGUUUGUUGUGGCCAAUGUAGAAUCCUACAAGCUUUCCUUAUAAGCUCAAAUAGGGCAUUACUGCUUUGAAUUGCCAAACGAUGCCCUCUGACUGUAGAUUUUUAUGAUCUUUUUUUGUCAUUAUAUGAAUUUCAUUGACUUUAUAAUUGGUGCUAUUUGAAGAAAAAAAAAUGUACAUUUAUUCAUACACAGGUAUCAGGCCUGACCCCACUGGAAAAACAAAGCCAAACAAAACUGAACCACAAACAAUGGCUGGUGUUCACCAAAAAUGAAAAGUGCUCACUUAGAUUAUUUGAGAAAGUUUCAUAGAAAGCGUGUGCAGUACUAAGGGAACAACCCAUGUGAUUAAUGUUUUCAUUAUGUUCAUGUAAGAAGCCUCUUAUUUUUAGCCAUAAUUUUGCAUACUGAAAAUCCAAUAAUCAGAAAAGUAAUUUUGUCACAUUAUUUAUUAAAAAUGUUCUCAAAUACA